AUGGGGUUGAUAACAGAAGGUGUACAGAGGAGCAUACGGAUAAGUUCCGCCGCGUUAUAUCUGGUGCUGACGCUGGUAUCGAUACCGAUAUCGUUUAAGAUUGGUGGGCUGCAGUGUGGGCUCUCCUUCACAGUUACGCUGUUCAAUCUAUACCUUAUAUCGACUACGCUGUCGGUGCUGGCAAGGCGAAGCUGUAACAGAGGAUACGUGUUCGCCACAAGCAUAUUAUAUUACUCACAGCACUUGGUUAUUGCACCAUUGCUGUUUCUGUUUCUUUCCGGGUUCUCCAACGAAGAGUUCAACAGGUUUCUGUCGCCCGUGGGCUCUUAUCAGGAGCUUGACCCAGAUGGAUCGUUCCUAGACCUGCUCAAGCACAGGAUACUGAUGGCCACCACCGCGGAAAAUAGCAAGAACUGGACGCUGUACUACUACUACUUCAAGUUCAUCGUACAGCCUUGGCAAUGGCUGCUGUCGUACUCAACACCGUUCUUCACUCUGCUGGAGGGCUUCUUCACUAUCCUGGCUAUCCAGGCCAUCGGCGAGACGAACAAAUGGCUCUCCUACGAAAUGAACUCUAACACUUGGAUUAUCACGUCUCUGCUGGUCUCAGGUGGGGUCAUUACAGGGUCCCUGUACUACCUGUACAGGAUAUACGUGACUCCCAUCUGGAAACUAACUAUCCAGUCGGCAUCCCUGUUGGGUUUCGUGUUAUCGAUCGUAUUCUGUCUGGGCUUGUACGGGAUAAUAAGCAGAAAGGGUUCAGUGAUAGAAAGCUCCUUGUUCUUUGCCUAUAUCGUACGUUGCAUCUACGAGAUAUCUCCUAAAUUAGCCACCAGAGCCACCGAGGAAAUACUGGACCUGGUAAAGGACGUCUGGCAAACCCACCAAAGAAACCUGUUGAACAGAGAUAACUUGCUAGCAUACUACCAUAAUGUGGUCCUGAAGAACGCUGAGAUGGUAUGGGAAUCCUUCAUCCUUCCACGUUCCAGGUCCCUAAACGCCAUGGAGAAGAUAAGAUUUUGGUUAGAUGUCACCCCAGUAUGGAAAUUCUUUAAGAAUUUCACAGUGAGUGUGCCAUCGUCAAUUGUCGAGCUGGUGUCGGUAACAUACAAGAUGGCUUCAGAAUCUUUGUCCCCUGCUGUUAUCGUUAAUCUAUGCUUUAGAAUUCUAAUUUUCUACUCCGCUACAAGAAUUAUUCCAGCAUUACAAAGAAGCUCAUAUAAGGAGCAGAGGCAAAGUCGUCGCAUCUUGAAAUUACUUUACUGGUAUAGUCCCUGCGUUUUGAUUGCAAUGUACACACACUUGAUUCUACAAUACUCUGGAGAACUAAAAAGAGAACUAUGUCUAUGGGGCUGUACUUCUAACUGGUUUGGUUCAAAGGAUCAGCCAAGGAUCGUUACGGAUUCAUGGAGUUUCUGGAACUGGUGUAACAUUUUUUGGACUGUUUUAGUGUAUGCUAAUGAGCUGAUUGGCACUCAAGCACCAAAUGAACUGACAUAA